AUUUUAACUAUCUUUAUUUUUUUUUAAACCUUUCUUCAUAAUUUAUACCAAAAACAAAAUAUGAAUGUCGCAGAUUUACUUAACCCUUUAACACCUUCAAUAAAUUAUAAUAAUAAACGUUCAAAAUCUAUAAUUCCUUUAUGCAGACAUAAACAAAAACAUACAUCAGAUCAACAAAUUAUUGGAAAACCACGUAGUCGAUUUUCUGAACGUGAAGAUGAAAUUAUUCGUCAAGGUGUUGCUCAAGGUUUAACUUGGGGUCAAAUAUCAGAUUUACUUCCUCAUCGUAAACGCGCUACUUGCUUUAAUCGUUAUAGAACAUUACAAGGUGUACGUAAAUCACGUAAAUUAAGUUCUUCUUCUUCUUCUGAAAGCGAUUCAUUAUCAAGUUCCCCUUCUCCUUCUUCUUCUAUGAGCCCUCCUAGUCCUAUUUCUUCUCCAUUUAAUCAUGGUCCUAUCACACCUCCUACUUCAAAUUAUAGUCAUUUUAAUCAUCAUCAAUGGUUCUCUUCAUCUGAUAUCAUCUAUGAUAAACAACUUUAUCCUACAGAAGAUCAUCAUACUAGUUUCUCUAAUUUUGUCAUGAAAAAAUCUCAUAAAAUCUCUUUACCCGCUUUACCACCGUUUCAUCCAUAUUCAACAACUACCUCUAAUUCUAUUCGUUAUCAUUUAUAGAAAAAAGAAACAAAAACAAAAGCAAAAACAAAAGCAAAAGCAAAAAAAAAAAAAAAAAAGAAAA